UAAUCCAGCCUGCCUCACACACAACAAAUCUCACUCCACCACUACUCUGCUUCUCAUAAUCAUCCACGUUUUUGCGCUUUCAGGGCAAAUUAGAAAAGUUUUAUUUACUACAAUUUGUUCAUAGAAAUGUGUGUUAACGACGGCAGGAGGAGCGUUAUUAGUAAUUGUGUAAAACACAGUUUAAAAUAUUGAAACUAAACAAUGGCAGAGCAUGAAAAUCCGUCGACUUCUGUCCCCUCAACGCCGUCCUCGUCGGCGACGUCGUCGUUGGGGACGGGGAGUAACCGGAAGCGAGAAUACGUCUCAUUCAAGCUGAUAGUCGAUCCAGCCCUAGUCAAAGCAUCAUUCAAGUCUUAUCGGUACGAUGGUCGUCUCCCUGAAGACCCUUCGUACCCUCUCGUGGUGGUUCGAGACCCUCGAAAUAAAAUAAGGGCACAUCGUAUCGAUGAUUUCGAACUUAUAGUGCCCUUCUUCAAAAUUGAUAAGACUUUUGUAGGGAAACCUCCCUCGAUUCAAGUGACCGUGACAAAUCUUAAUGAUAAUAUUGACCGUAACUUUUUUAAGAAUAUCUUGGCUAAGCAUUGGAACGAGGCGUACGACGACUUUCAAAUAUUUCAUCAUCCCGUGACCCACAAGCAUUUGGGUUUAGCUCACAUCACGUUUAAGCGUCCGUCAUGUGCAAGAACGUUUGUGGAGAAACUGAACAAUACUUCUAUUAUGGGGCAGAAAAUCAAUGUGUUUUUGGACCCUUUCGUCACAAAAUGCAAAGAGUUAGUGGAAGAACACACUGUGGUGAAGAAACCUGAAGGGACAGACUCAUCCGCCAAGAAGGAGGGUGGUGAUAAGGAUGGGAAGAGUAAAAUCAUUGUUAAACGGUCCCCAGGUGUCAAGAAGGAUAGUAACAAUAAAAAGAGUAGUAGUGGUGGUGGUCGACAUGUGAGUAGUACUACGACCAACCCGAUCACGACAAAUGGGCGAUUUUUUAUGCCAGGCGAUGGGGUUGUGGAGGGACAUGUUCCCAUUCCUGGUAGCGGAGGAGGGCCGAAGCUUGAUCUCAACUAUGGAAGCUUCCCAUUUAUAUUCCCACCCCCACCACCAGACGACGUAGAUUCUAACAAUGAUCAGCAACAAUCCAAACUACUACCAUGGGCCAUGAAUGCAGAGCUAACUUCUCUAAAUGACGACAAUGAUGACUUUUUCUCCCCAAAAGUGGACUUGGAUACUAGAAUCCGACAAGUUUUUGCGGGUAACAGGUCCAUGUUGUUGGGGAUACGAAUUCCCAUGCUGGAAAGUAGCGAGAGUGAGGAAGAGGAAAAGCUCAAGCGAAAACGGUUGAAGUACGGAAUGAACAAUGAGAUUUGGAGUUCCGAUAGUGAAGACGACGACGAAGAGGAGGAAGAAGAGGAAACUGUUGAAUCAGCUUUUGCCAAAAAGUUUAAGAAGAACACAUUUGUCCCAAUCCCAGGAGAAAGUUCCCAAAAUGAAGACGACAUGUCUCCACCACCUUCGCCCUUCCUCGCAUUAACCAGUAUCGAUCCGGAGGAUAAUUUACCGUUAUCCGCUCUCCAAAGUCUCAAACUUAAACUGCAAGCCGAACUGGAGAAGGUCGCGUCGGAUGAAUCCCAUGGAAUCUCCCCUAUGCGGAGAAGAACCAAAAAGAAGACAAAACAUUCAAUCCCAGCGUCACAAUUUGUAAUUGAGGAUCCAUCUCAAAUUAGUCUUCCACCGAAUCCACCACUUCCUAAUCCCACAGAUCUCCCCCCACUCCCACCUGGAGAUGCUCCCUUGCCCACUGAGCCAACCUUGAUGCCGGCCCAGUAUUAUCCGCAACAGCCACAGCAACCACAACCAGGUUAUUGGCCCGAUGUUCAAAUGCCUUAUCCACCCUACAUGUGGAAUCAACAACCCAUGGAGUAUCCACCUUUCAACUUUUACCCACCCCAUGAAUAUGACCCAUAUAGUCAGCAGCCGACAGAAGGAGGAGAUAACAAGAACGCACUGUUGUAUGAUGCUUGCAGUGAGGAAGAAAGUGACGACGAAGAGCUUACAGUUCUUGAAGUUACAAAGCUUGUGAUUGAUCGAAUUUAUGAAGAAAUGAAAAACACUCUACUUAAAGACUUUCAUAGACGUUUAUUGGAAAAUGAGGCAUACAAAAAGUUUGAAAUUUGGUGUCAAAAGCGUGAAGAACUCCACAAACUGAAUACAAAACAACAACAAGGAGCUAAAAGUGCAGUGAAUGCUGAGGUGAAUAUUAAUAAACCACCCGUAGUAGAUUUCAGCGAGUCUUUGUUCUCUGGUAGCAUGCUUGGUGGGAAUUUGCGCUGCGCUAUUCCAAAGUUGCCUUCAUUCCGAAAAAAUAUACAAGAGCCUGUGUAUCAGGAAUCGAGAAAGUCUUCAGAACCAGAAUCGGAGAGGAGCAGUGCGUCAUCGUCGGCAUCGUCGUCGUCUUCAGAAGAGGACGAUGAGCCUAUUCCUGCCAAAAGGAAACUCAAAAUCAGUAUAUUUUCCGAUGCUUCUUCUUCCACUUCGUCUUCCUCGUCUGAAGGCACAACUACUUCAUCUGAAGAAGUGUCUGAUUUUGAGGACGAAAUUGAAGAACAUCUUGGCAAAUUGUCUCCGGUCUCCGCAUCGUCGGGAACUGAAGAAAAGUCAAACAAUAACAAGCUGGCGGUUAGUAAUUCAUUUUCCAUUGUAGCAGAAGAUGACACCAAAAUCAAAGCUGCUAAGGAGGAAGUCAAGGUUAAAGAAGAAAUUCCCAUCGUUGCGAAACCUCAAAAGAAAAAGAUGCCUGUGAAAGAUAGUCAACCAGAAGGGGUGCCUCCAGAUGAAAUGUACAUUCAUGAGUAUGAAAUGUACCCCCCUGAUAUGGUCUAUGUGGAGGACACUCCUGUCUCUGAAACCGAUGAUUUCAGUCUUCAGGACCACACCUACUCUAGAACGUUAGACCAAGACCUUAACCAUGAAGAGACUAAAGAGUAUUAUAGGAAAAAUAAAGUCAAAGUCAAAAAGGUGCCACCAGCCAAAACACGAUCUCGAAGAAGGUUCCGACGUCGUAACGGCGAGGAAAAGACGAGAAUUCUUUACGACAUAUUCUACAACUAUUUGGACGAUGAAGAUGUAGAAGGUCUCCGACUCGCUUUCGAAAACUCGUUGGCCUUCGAUUCCAAUACGGUCUGGUUAAAUUGUACCCACUGGGUCGAGUACCCCGCCACUGCCCCAUCCCUACCAAAAAAGCGUCGCGACCCUGAUGCUCGGGUCCACAAGACCGGCAGUGCUAGAACAGAAGGAUAUUAUGCACUGACUAAGCCAGAAAAGGCUGCCAAUCGUCGCCAGUGGGGCGUGGUGACAGAGAAGGUAAACAAGUGCGUGGGACAUGUCGGUGCUCUGAGUACGGAGAGGGCAAACUCGAAGAUGCAGGUCGCCAUUUCUCGAGAAGCUCGAUCCAAUCAGCGCCGCUUGCUCACCGCGUUAGGAAACGAGGUGGACUCGGACUUGCUCAAGUUUAACCAGUUGAAGUUCCGGAAGAAGGAUAUACGUUUCGGCCGCAGUACGAUUCACGAUUGGGGACUCUUUGCAUCCGAAGCCAUUGCUGAGAAUGAGAUGGUAAUUGAGUACGUGGGACAAAUGAUCCGACCUGUGAUAGCUGAUCUUCGAGAGAAAAAAUAUAUGGCGGUAGGAAUCGGUAGCUCGUACCUCUUUAGAAUUGACCUGGAAACUAUUAUCGACGCGACGAGAUCUGGAAACUUGUCCAGAUUCAUUAAUCACAGUUGCAACCCGAAUUGCUACGCUAAAAUUAUUACGAUUGAGGGCCGAAAGAAGAUUGUGAUAUAUUCCAAGCAACCCAUUGCUAUGAACGAAGAGAUUACUUAUGAUUACAAAUUCCCCAUAGAAGAUGAAAAGAUCCCCUGCCUGUGUGGAUCCAUUGGGUGUCGAGGGACUCUAAAUUAGUCGAUUUAAUUACAUUAAAUUUAUAAUAUAUAUGUAUGUAGAUUUCUCUGGGUCUGUAAAAUAUCUAGGAAACUUUGUUCUUUAUGAUACUGGUUUUUACUCGAGCUUUCAUUAUUCGUAUUUUUUUCUAUUUAUUAACGACUCAUGAUUAGGACUGAAUUUCGUAUCUAUUUGUUACAAAUAUUAUUUAUUCUAGGCAUUUAUUUCUUGUUUUGUUUUCUAAUUAUAAACUUAGUAGCAUAAAUGUACGUUAUAUUUUUGUAUCGGCUGUAUUAACGAAUGCAGAUACAAAAUCUCGAAUUAUUACAUGCUCAAUAUAAAAAAAUAUCUAAACCUUAAUAACCCAA